AUGAAGAGAAAAAGAGAGGGCGACAACAACAGAAAGAAAUCAUUGAAGUUCAAGAAGCGAAGGAAUGAAAUUCACACCAAACGAAUACACGGCAUACUAUCAAGUGAAAAGAAGGAGGGCAAGACAUACGAGACAAAUAUUGGCCUCUCAUUACCUACAGCUAGUACCAGUACCACUGCAAAUGAAGAACUAUUUUGCCCUGACCUACCAGCUGACACACUGGCUUCCUAUGAAGCUAGUAUUUGUCCCACCCUAUACCCCCAGACCACAAUGUUCUCCCAUAGCAUUCGACGACAAUGCUGCAGUAUUUUAUAA